AUGUUUAUGAUAAUAAUCUGUAUUUUUAUCAUUAAAUCAGUUUAUUCUUGUAUUCCCACUCAAAACAUUGAAGUUGAACCGAUCACAACCACAACAACAUCUACUUUAACGUAUCCCACGUCUACUUCAACUUCCACCACAUCUACUUCAACGUCCACCACGUCUACUUCAACGUCAACCACAACACUUCCACCAACGUGGCAUUGCUUAGAUGACACGUGGACGAUGUUCAACAGGGAUACUUAUUAUUGGUGUAUUAAACCAGUUUAUGGAAAUGUUGCAUUGGGAGAUGGUGGAUCGAUUUGCCUGAAUUCAGUUCUAACCGGCUUCCAGAACUCGAAUGAAUUAGACACAAUGUCAGAAAUAGUGGUAGCCUAUGAUAGUUCAAUUCAGAUCAUGGCAGUUGGAGCGGAACGCUCGGCGAAUUGUAGAACAGGGGCAAGCCUGAGCACAGCCGAUUGCACAAAAUCGAACAUGUUUUAUUGGACGGAUGGUCGUACGAGUGGUUCGGAUGGAUUUGUUUGGUAUCCGAAUACACCCAAUGGAUGUGCAGGUUCUUCGAAUUGUCUUGAUGGGAUGUAUGCAUUACUGUAUGUUCAAAGUAAGGCAUUGGAUGAUUAUCCUUAUACUGUUGUAACUAGUGGAUCUUUUUGUGGAGUUUUGGCCGAGUAUUCUUGA